ACUGGGGUUGGCUUUGUGAGUGUUAUCUAUAACCUGUCGUUCCCCUGAAAGCUUUUACAUUUUGCAUAUGCUCAGAACAGCAAUGAAAUCACAUUACCAAUAUCUAGUCAUCGGAGGAGGAUCCGGUGGUGUUGCCUCUGCACGUCGUGCUGCAAAGCACGGGGCCUCGACGCUAUUGAUCGAAGCCAAGGCCAUGGGUGGUACUUGUGUCAAUGUGGGAUGUGUUCCAAAGAAGGUCAUGUGGUACGCAAGUGACAUGGCUGCCAAAUUAAAGUUGGCAUACGACUACGGCUUCAAGAACACCAAAGACCUCGACCUGGAAUUUGACUGGAAAACCUUCAAAGAGAAGAGAGAUGCUUACGUCCAUCGUCUUAAUGGCAUCUACGAACGUAACUUGACUAAAGAAGGUGUUGACUACAUCUACGGGUUUGCCAAGUUUUCAAAAGAUGGUAAGGUCGAAGUGACCAAGACUGAGGACGGCAAAGUGGAGACCUUCACUGCCGACAAGAUCUUGAUUGCUACCGGCGGUACCUCUGUCAUACCAAAGGAUAUUCCAGGAUAUGAAUACGGUAUCGAAUCUGAUGGAUUCUUUGACUUGAAUUCUCAGCCAAAAAGCGUUGCCAUUAUUGGUGGUGGGUACAUUGGUACAGAAUUUGCCGGAGUGUUCAACGCAUUAGGCACCAAGACCCACAUGAUUCUCCGUGGUAAGUCUGUCUUGACCAAGUUCGACUCCCUGAUUAAAGAAACCAUCCAUGAAACCUACAAGAAGGAAGGGGUGAACAUCUUAACUCACACAAAGGUCUUGAAGGUCGAAAAAUUGCCUUCUGGUGAAAAGAAGCUCUAUUUGACCGACGAUUCCACACUAGUUGUCGAAGAAUUGAUCUGGACUAUGGGCAGAAAAUCUUUAUUGGGAAUUGGCACCGAAAACGUUGGCUUAAAGCUAAACGAGAGGGAACAAGUCAUUGUCGACGAAUACCAGAGAACCAACGUGCCUGAGAUCUAUUCCUUGGGUGAUGUUGUUGGUAACUUGGAAUUGACCCCUGUUGCUAUUGCCACCGGUCGUAAGUUAUCGAACCGUUUGUUUGGACCUGAGAUAUAUAAGGACCAAAAACAAGAUUUUGACAACGUUCCAACUGCUGUUUUUUCUCAUCCUGAAGCGGGUACUAUUGGUUUGACUGAGGAAGAAGCUGUUGAAAAAUACGGUGAAGACGAUAUCAAAGUCUACAAGUCCAAGUUCAACGGUAUGUACUAUGCUAUGAGUGAACACAAAUCUCCAACUGCAUACAAACUUGUGUGUGUGAAAUCCUUAGAUGAAAAAGUAGUUGGUUUGCACUUAGUCGGAGACGCAUCUGCAGAGAUUUUGCAAGGUUUUGGUGUUGCCAUUAAGAUGGGUGCAACAAAGGCCGACUUCGACAGCUGUGUUGCUAUACAUCCAACCUCAGCUGAGGAGUUGGUCACCAUGGUUUAGAAAUAGUAUAUUAUAGUCGUACAGUAUAUUAUAUUAUCUUAUAUUAUAUUAUAUUAUAUUAACUUAUAUUAUAGUAUAGUUUUACUUAUCAUAUAUUUACUCGUAUAUCUUGUCGGACUC